AUGGACACAUCACCUUCUUGUAAAACAGGAGGGUAUAUAAAUCUAUGUACAAUGGACCUAGAAUUUGACGUGAGAAAGUUAAUAUCUGACACAUACUUUUUCAAGAGGCAUCAAACCGCACCACCGCCAAUAUGCAGGGCAACUCGGGAUCAAACCAAUGCAAAUAGUGGUAAUGAUACCAGUGCGCAACCUCAAUCGAGAAGAAAUUCUUCAAGGCGGUCUUCGAGAUAUGUUGAAGAAUUUGAAAAUAGGGCUAGGGAUAUUAGAUCUCAAGAUUCAUCGGUUACCGAUCUAACAGCUAGGAGUCGAGCAUACCGUGAAGUUGCUCAACAUCCUCCAGUGUAUCCUACAUGUGGGUGGUGGUGUGAGGGUGUGAACAUUAUAUGAAUGAUUGUAGCAUAAAUCUAGGCACUUGCCAGCAACCUUCUCAGUAUCUCAGUACUAAAUCACGGGGUGACCUGUCAAUCAGAAAUAAAUUGGUUGUAAGGAGCAAAGAAAUAACUUGAUGGCUCGCAUUAAAUGAUAACCUCAUGCAUUUCAUUCGCUACCUCUACUUUAUUUACUGAAAAAUUGAUAAAGUUGCAGUGCAU